AUGAGCCGGCUCUGCCUCUCCAUCGCCCUUCUCGUCCUCCUGGGCACCCUGGUGACCUGCACCCCAGAGGGUAAAAGCAGCAACCAGGCCCCAGGUUCUCGGCCUGCCUACUGCCUGGAGCCUCAGUACAAGGGUCCCUGCAGGGCCCAGAAGAUCAGGUACUUCUACAAUGCCAAGACCGGGCAGUGUGAGACCUUUAUAAACAGCAGCUGCCGUGGGAAGAAGAACAACUUCCUGACGGCAGAGAACUGCAUGAGGAUCUGCGGUGGUCAUGCGGGGACCUAUGGAGGACCUGCGAACACUACCAUCCCGAAACCCUGA